AUGGCCGGGAGGGCGUUACUUCUCGCUGGCGGUCCGGGUACGGGAAAAACAGCCAUAGCUCUUGCAGUAGCGCAGGAGCUUGGUCCAAAGGUUCCCUUCUGUCCAAUGGUUGGGAGUGAGGUUUAUUCUUCAGAAGUCAAGAAGACCGAGGUACUUAUGGAGAAUUUCAGAAGGGCAAUUGGCCUACGAAUUAAAGAAACUAAGGAAGUUUAUGAAGGAGAAGUUACUGAAAUGACACCCGAGGAAGUAGAAAAUCCUCUUGGAGGAUACGGGAAGACAUUAUCACAUGUCAUAAUCGGAUUAAAAACAGUCAAAGGAACGAAGCAGUUAAAACUGGAUCCAAGCAUAUACGAAAGUCUUAUGAAAGAGCGAGUUACUGUUGGAGACGUUAUUUAUAUCGAAGCCAAUACUGGUGCAGUAAAGCGUGUAGGUAGAUCAGAUGCAUACGCUACAGAAUUUGAUCUUGAAGCUGAAGAGUACGUGCCAUUGCCAAAGGGGGAAGUCCACAAGAAAAAAGAAAUUGUACAAGAUAUUACUUUACACGACUUGGAUGUCGCGAAUGCACGGCCGCAGGGCGGUCAAGAUAUAAUGUCCAUGAUGGGUCAGCUGCUGAAACCAAAAAAAACAGAAAUUACCGAUAAACUUAGAAGAGAGGUUAAUAAAGCCGUGAACAAGUAUAUAGAUCAGGGAAUUGCUGAACUGGUGCCUGGAGUUCUUUUCAUAGACGAAGUGCAUUUGUUGGACAUUGAGUGCUUUACAUAUCUUAAUAAAGCUCUUGAAUCGCAAUUCUCGCCUAUCGUGAUUUUCGCCACUAACCGCGGAAUGGGAACCGAGGAUAUUCGAGCGCCGCAUGGUAUCCCAGUUGAUCUACUCGACCGCAUUCUCAUUAUAAGAACCAAACCAUAUACGCCAGAAGAAAUCAAGGCAAUAGUACAAAUACGUGCCAAGACAGAAGGACUGAUAUUAGCUAAUGAAGCAUUAGAAUUCAUGGCUGAGUGCGGCGCACAAACAUCAUUGCGAUAUGUCAUUCAGCUUCUCACCCCAGCAAGCAUACUUGCUCGAACAAAUGGACGCGAAAAUAUUUCUUUGGAUGAUAUCACUCAAACCAAGACUUUGUUCUAUGAUGCCAAAUCGUCAGCCAAGAUCCUUGCCUAUUACGAGAGCACUGGUCAACUUGCAGCGUAUAGUGAAGCGUAA